AUGCGGCAUGUCUCAACAGCUAGAGGUCUCUUCGCGACACCAAUAGCUUCCCAGGUCCGGAGGUACGCAGCUGCUGCGGAAGCCUCACCAAUCCUCCUCCAGAAUCAUCCCGCGCCGCACUCCGGUACUAUUCGUGUACUUCUCCUUGAUAAAGCAGACACACGCAACGCGCUCUCGAAACGACUGGUGAAGGACCUCCGAAGACAUGUGGACGAGAUCAAGGCCGAAGGUGGCACGGGUGGCACUAGAGCGUUGAUAAUAGCGUCGAACGUUGACAAAGCCUUCUGUGCUGGAGCUGAUCUGAAAGAAAGACGUAGCAUGUCACAAGAGGACGUCAGUGCCUUCCUGAAAGACUUGCGAUCUACAUUUACCGAGCUUUCGAAGCUGCCUAUACCAACGAUAUCUGCGAUAUCUUCCACAGCACUCGGCGGCGGCUUAGAACUAGGUCUAUGCACGAACCUUCGAGUAUUCUGCUCAACAGCAACAGUUGGCUUGCCAGAGACCAGGCUAGCAAUUAUACCUGGGGCAGGCGGUACCUUUCGCCUGCCGGCACUCAUCGGACCAAACCGUGCACGAGACAUGAUCUUGACCGGACGAAGGGUCUUGGGGCCUGAGGCAUAUUUUCUCGGACUUUGUGAUCGAUUGGUCCAGGUCACAGAAGAAGAACAAAGCCAGGAAGGCAAGGCCCGUGAAAAGGUUCUGGAGGUCAGUCUGCAGUUAGCUCGAGACAUCUGCGAAGGCGGACCAGUGGCUUUGAAGGCAGCGAUGCAGGCCGUCGAUGGGUGGCAAAAGGGAGAGGCGUCGGAGAAUGCUGCAUAUGACAUAGUGCUGAAGACCGAAGACCGACUUGAGGCUCUGCGGGCGUUUGCAGAGAAGCGGAAACCUGCCUUCAAAGGUAGAUAA